AUGAGCAGAGAACCUCAUCCUGCACCUGGAUUCGACGCACCCGCUUCUGAAGUGGUGUUCAUCAAUAACCCUCGCAAUGACUUCAAAAUCUCGCUCGCGCAGUUCAGCGAAUUCCUUGUGCUCAACCCAGGUCAAAUCGGACAGUACUCUCUAGGAAAGAUCGUAGAAGGCGUUAAGUUCGCACAGCAGUUGUACCUCGUUGUUGGAUGGGAAAGUGUGGAGGCCCAGAAAGCCAUGAUGGCUUCGCCAGAAUUCAAGGAUAAAGCGUCCAUAGCUCUUUUCGUGAUAGAGACUGGCAACAAAUCUGCAAACCAUGACGGCAGCCUUCUUCUAGUCAAAAGAGCCAUGAUAAGUGGCGUAGGUUCAGGAAUUUGCCUUGCGCUCGCCAAAUCACUACGUGCGCAAGGUGUGCCGUUGCCGAUUCUUGACAUUGGCCUACAUCAGGAGGUGACGAAGUGGUUGGCAGCGAUCCAGUGCGACGGUGGUCCGAAGACAGUUUUCCACAAGACCGACGUGACUGAUCGGGACCAGCUCGAGGGAGCCUUCGACGUGUUUGCACAGCAGCUUGGCGGUGACGCCUCGCUUGGGUACAAGUUGUUCGACGUCAACCUGCUGCAUCCAAUCAACUUGACCAGGAUUGCCAUACGACGGUUCCAGCAAGCCUCCUCUCCAGGCGUUGUUCUCCAUCUCUCGAGCAUUGUCGCACAGAAACCAUCGGCGGUUCUCCCGUUGUAUUCGACCUCAAAGGCUGUGAUUAGCCAGUUUGUCAGGUGCAUGGCUCCCCUAGAUAGCUUGUGCGGCGUUCGAGUAGUUGCUGUUGCUCCUGGUAAGGUAUCUGAACAAGACAUGUUGACAGGGUCGUCGACACGCCGUUGUUCGCGACCAUCCGCGGGCCCGAGAACAAUCCACAUGGAGAAAGACUUUGUUCUACCCGUAGAUGAAGUUGUCAAGGCGAUGAUGGCUCUUCUCACUGAUUCCAAAUACCCGGCUGGUACGAUGCUGGAGGUCGGCGAUCUGGGUGGGUGGCGUGAAAUUCAACUGCUCAACGACCCAAGUCCGCAAGGGAAGUCGACUCUGCCCAGAGCGAAAGCCAUGGAAGCGAUUCGACUGGUUGAACAAGCAUUGAAAGAGGAUAAGAGAUCUUCCACCAAUGGCUCUAAGCUUUGA